UUCUGCCUCUGCUCUACACUUAUGAUGUUGUUCGCGCCACGAUAAAGGACGACUAUCUUUCCGAAAAUUGGAUACAGGUUAUAUUUGUGAGCGUAAAGAAAAAACUGCGAUACUCAUUCCAACCAAUUCGGAAGCUUAGCCUUAGUCAUCUUUUUUACAUUCAGACGAAAACUACAAAAUGAAGUCCGCAACUUCCUCUACUUCGGCAAAAGUCGUUCGCAAAACGACAGAUAAAGCUACGUCCAGAAAAAGCUGCGUCCAGUCUACCAACAAGAGCAUUGAGCCUGGCCAAAUCACAGUCCUCGACGAUCAUGGAAGCAGCGUUUUGUAUCUACCAAAAGCACUAUGGACAACCAGUUCAUCUUCCUCUUAUUCCUCUUAUUCCUCUUCUUCUUCUUUGUCAGGCUUUUCCGCAAUUCAGAACAGUUCAACCUCCAAAUGGCCAGAUCAAUGUUUUCAAAGACUCUUGUCCGAGUGUCCGUGGGCUCAAGGCGCGAUUAAGAUAUUCGGGAAAGAGAUACCGGAACCAAGAUUAUGGUCAACAUUUAGUGUCCAUCAUUCUCGGCAUCUUGGUCCCCUUUUCCCUUGAAUUCUCGUGAAAUACAAGGUAAAAGGGGUCAAGAUGAGGGGGCCGAGAUGCAAUCUAGCAGACUCUAACAAGACUAACUUGUUACUUCGGAGAGCACAGCUACAAAUACAGUGGGCGUCUCUUGCAGAGGGCGCCCUUUGAUGGAGCCACGUGUCCUAAAGUGGUGGCGGAGGUCAAACGAGAAGUUGAGCGGAUUUUAAGCGUAUUCUUUUCAUCGGACAAUCUGAGCAAGCGCACUUUGUCAUCAAAGGUGCAGCACAUAGAAGAUGCCAGCCGCCCAAUAGAGUUCAACAGUGUCUUACUGAAUCGCUACCGAACGUUGACGGACUCUCAAGGUUGGCACAGUGAUGAUGAGGCUGUUUAUGGCAAGGAUCCGGCGAUAGCAAGUGUCAGUCUAGGUUGCGAAAGGGACUUCGUAUUUCGACGGAAAAUAUCGGAAAAAGAAAAGUGGACAUUGAAUUAGGGCUGCAGGUUUGAUGAUAUUAAUUUUCUGCUGCAUCAUUCUGAUUGGCUUAGAUAGAGACCAUAGCAGGGUUUAUUUUUUCUUUUUCACAUCGAUAGCACCCUUUUCUGCACAGUCCUAGGGUAACUGUAAAGGACUACUGUAAAGAAAAGAUGAACCCUAGAAUAGAAAUAUAUUUUCGAUGAACUACAGUAGAUGAGCUCUAAUAGACGUUGGAGCAUGGAUCCCUGCUAUUCAUGUUUGGACCGAUACAGCACCACUGGCAGCAUUCCCUGCCCAAAAGAACAGGAAAAGCAUCUAGUAUGCAAGAACAACAAGAACGAAUAAAUCUUACCUUUCGCAAGAUCGUGAACCCAAUGAAAGUUUAGAUAAAGAUGAAGAAUCUUGAGUUAAAGCAGUCAGG